CGCCCGAUGUCCUCAAGAUGGAGGCGGCGGCGGCGUGAAGAAGGCGGCCCUGUGGGCGCGGGAGCGGGGGCCCGGGCGGAGGCGGUGGCGGUGGCGGGAUGGGGCUGCUGCUCAUGAUCCUGGCGUCGGCCGUGCUGGGCUCCUUCCUCACGCUGCUCACCCAGUUCCUGCUGCUCUACCGCAGACAGCCCGAGCCGCCGCCGGACGAGGCCGCCCGCGCCGGCGAAGGCUUCCGCUACCUCAAGCCGGUGCCGGGCCUGCCCCUGAGGGAGUACCUCUAUGGCGGCGGCGGGGCUGAGGAGCCCUCGGGCGGGGGCCCGGAGGGCGGCGCGACCCCGGCCCCCGAGACCCCCGUCCCGCCGACGCGGGAGACCUGCUACUUCCUCAACGCCACCAUCCUGUUCCUGUUCCGGGAGCUGCGGGACACCGCGCUGACCCGCCGCUGGGUCACCAAGAAGAUCAAGGUGGAGUUCGAGGAGCUGCUGCAGACCAAGACGGCCGGGCGGCUGCUGGAGGGGCUGAGCCUGCGGGAAGUGUUCCUGGGCGACACGGUGCCCUUCAUCAAGACCAUCAAGCUGGUCCGGCCCGUGGUGGCCUCGGCCGCCGGGGAGCCCGACGGCGCCGACGGCGAGGCGCUGCCCCCCAGCUGCCCCGAGGAGCUGGCGUUCGAGGCGGAGGUGGAGUACCACGGCGGCUUCCACCUGGCCAUCGACGUGGACCUGGUCUUCGGCAAGUCCGCCUACCUGUACGUCAAGCUGUCCCGGGUGGUGGGCCGGCUGCGCUUCGUCUUCACGCGCGUGCCCUUCACCCACUGGUUCUUCUCCUUCGUGGAGGACCCGCUGAUCGACUUCGAGGUGCGCUCGCAGUUUGAAGGGCGGCCCAUGCCCCAGCUCACCUCCAUCAUCGUCAACCAGCUCAAGAAAAUCAUCAAGCGCAAGCACACGCUCCCCAACUACAAGAUCAGGUUUAAGCCGUUUUUUCCAUACCAAACUUUGCAAGGAUUUGAAGAAGACGAAGAACAUAUUCACAUACAACAAUGGGCGCUUACUGAAGGCCGUCUUAAAGUUACGUUGUUAGAAUGUAGCAGGUUAUUCAUUUUUGGAUCCUAUGACAGAGAGGCAAAUAUUCAUUGCACACUUGAGUUGAGCAGUAGUGUUUGGGAAGAAAAACAAAGGAGUUCUAUUAAGACGCUCCCUGCUAAUGGCCUCGGAAGAGCACUGGAAGAUGGCCCAACUGCCACUGAUGUGGGAGACACAGAAGAAGCCUCUGCCACCCAUGCGGGACCCAGACAGAGCUCCAGGCUCUUGGCUUUGACCUGGACCAGCCCCUUGCCAUUGUGGCCGUUUGGGCCACAGCAGGUUGAAUUAAUAAAAGGAAACUUACAAAGUGUUGGACUUACACUUCGUCUCGUCCAGUCAACUGAUGGGUAUGCUGGACACGUCAUAAUCGAAACGGUGGCCCCAAACUCACCUGCUGCUAUUGCAGAUCUUCAGCGGGGAGAUCGACUUAUUGCUAUUGGAGGUGUGAAAAUAACAUCGACACUGCAAGUGUUGAAGCUCAUCAAGCAGGCUGGUGACAGAGUCUUGGUGUACUAUGAAAGGCCUGUUGGCCAGAGUAAUCCAGGCGCAGUGCUGCAAGAUAACUUCGGCCAGCUGGAAGAAAACUUCUUGUCAAGCACGUGUCAACCGAAUUAUGAAGAGGAAGCCACUGGAUUGGCAGUAGAUGCUGAAAACAGAGACCUGGAUUCUGAAUUUGAAGACUUGGCAGGUGAUGUCAGAACACAAAGUGAGUUCAAAGAUGAGGCACAGUCGUUGAGUCAUAGUCCCAAACGCACUCCAACGACGCUUUCUAUUAAACCCCUUGGGGCUAUAUCACCAGUUUUAAACCGUAAGUUAGUUGCAGGAAGUCACCCACUACCACCAAAAAUCCCACCCAAAGAAGGAAAUAAACCCUCAACCCUAAAAACUUUCGAGGUAACAGAUCCAGCACAAGUGUCAAAACCUACCCAAGGAUCCACUUUCAAACCACCUGUGCCACCAAGACCCCAAGUGAAAGUUCCCUUGCCGUCUGCUGAUGCCCCAAAUCAGGCAGAACCAGACGUUCCUGUUGACAAGCUAGAGAAGGCGCUGCCUCCUGCUGCUGCAGACAGAUGUGCUGAAAAGCAAGCAAAAGCUGUGGAACACGGAGAAGAUGUCACUGCACCCAAGCCAGCUGCAGCAAAGCAAGAAGUGGCUAAAGAUUUUGCUUCAGAAAGUUCCUGCCCUACCAAGGAGAGUUCAGAUGAUCGUCAGACAUGGGAAUCAUCAGAAAUCCUUUAUCGUAAUAAGCUGGGAAAAUGGACAAGAACCAGAGCAUCCUGUUUGUUUGACAUAGAAGCCUGCCACAGAUACUUAAACGUUGCAUUGUGGUGCAAGGAUCCCUUCAAGUUGGGGGGUCUCAUCUGUUUGGGACACAUUAGUUUAAAACUUGAAGAGGUGGCUUUAGGAUGCCUAGCUACAUCAAACAUGGAAUACCUUUCCAAGUUCAGACUGGAAGCCCCCUCCCCUAAGGCUAUUGUCACUAGAACUGCACUACGCAAUCUGAGUGUGCAAAAGGGAUUCAAUGACAAAUUCUGCUUUGGUGACAUUACUAUUCACUUCAAAUAUCUGAAGGAAGGAGAACCAGACCACCAUAUAGUUCCUAACAUAGAAAAAGAAAAAGAACUGCAUUUGGUGGAAGAAGUUUCUGUGCUCCCUAAAGAAGAGCACCUUACUGGGCAGAUGGGUUUCACAGAAAAUAAACACAAUUUCCAGGAUACCCAGUUCCAGAACCCAACUUGGUGCGAUUACUGUAAGAAAAAAGUCUGGACUAAAGCUGCUUCCCAGUGUAUGUUCUGUGCUUAUGUUUGCCAUAAAAAAUGUCAAGAAAAGUGUCUGGCCGAGACUCCUCUUUGCGGAGCAACUGACAGGCGAAUAGACCGGACCCUGAAAAACCUCAGGCUGGAUGGACAGGAACCCCUCGUCGGCCUGCCUCGUGUUGAUGCAGAAGCUAACAAGUCAGUCAAUAGAACAACAGGUCUAACCAGGCACAUCAUCAAUACUAGCUCACGUCUGUUAAAUCUGCGUCAAGUCUCCAAAACUCGCCUUUCUGAACCAGGAACUGAUCUUGCAGAACCUUCACCAAAACACACACCCAAUACAUCAGACAACGAAGGCAGUGACACAGAGGUCUGUGGUCCAAACAGUCCUUCCAAACGGGGGAGCAGUGCAGGCAUCAAGUUAGUGAGAAAGGAAGGCGGGCUGGACGACAGCGUUUUCAUUGCAGUCAAGGAAAUCGGCCGGGACCUGUACCGGGGCUUGCCCACAGAGGAGAGGGUCCAGAAACUGGAGUUCAUGUUGGAUAAACUGCAGAAUGAAAUUGAUCAGGAGUUGGAACACAAUAAUUCCCUUGUUAGAGAAGAAAAAGAGACAACGGAUACAAGGAAGAAAUCCCUUCUUUCUGCUGCUUUAGCUAAAUCAGGUGAAAGACUCCAAGCUCUCACACUUCUUAUGAUCCACUACAGAGCAGGCAUAGAAGAUAUCGAAACUUUAGAAAGCCUGUCUUUAGAUCAGCACUCCAAAAAAACAAGCAAGUACACAGAUGAUGUGGAAGAGGACCUUGAUAACGAAAUAAGCCAGCUAAUAGACGCGCAGCCUUUCAGCAGCAUAUCAGAUGACUUGUUUGGCCCCUCCGAGUCUGUGUAACACAAAAGCUGCUUAAACUUUUAAAUGACUGGGGGAAAGUCGCAUCUCAAGUACACAGCUACAACCACGUUAAACUCUUACAGCGCACUCUGGCCUGCUUCUCUAUAGUUACUUGUGUAAGAACAAGAAUGAAAAAGGUUGUUUUCCUGCAAAAACAUGACCAGCUCACUAAAUUGGUGGUUUCGGGUUGCAUUUAUAGCUAUGCUUUUUUGGGUUUAUACUGGGAAUUCAUUUUUACUAAUUUAUUUUUAACUUUUUCUAAUUAUGUAAUUAUGGAAUAAGCUAACUUUUCAUGUUUAUGUAUGUGUGAUGCCUUGUUGUAUUUUCCUUCCUCUUAGUUUUUGAAUUAGUUUUAAGUAGGAUACUGUCCAGUCUUGAAAUCUUUUCAUUCCCAUCACAGGUUUGCUGCAUGCCCAGAGUGACAGUAGCAGUCAUGAAAGGACCCAUUGUUUUGUGUUAUGAAGUUUGUCAUCUCGAUAGACCUGAGAUUUUUGUUAUGUGGGGCUUCAGGAGGGUGGUUUCUGUUUUGCCAAAUGUAACAAAAGCAGAUGCGCAGCUUUAGUCUGUUAUGCUGAUUUAGUAAAAAAAAAUUACAUAUAUUGCUUGCUCUCUAUGCUUCUGUGAAAUUUUUUUCUAAAGUUUUUGUGCAGCUGAAGUAAAGAUAAGUGAUUACUUUGAAGAGCUUGCACUGAAAAAAACAUAUAAUUGGGAAUUACAGAAUGUAGUUGGUCAAUAAUUUUGUAGGAUAACAAAAUUUAAUUACUGAAAAGCAGUAACCAGUAGGAUUUUGAAAUAUCUUUCAAAAUGUUGACGCUUUCCUUUUAAGUGGAAGUUUUAAAUACUCAUGAUGAUUUUUUUCAUCUUCAGUUCUCCCAUAGGAAAUAAAGCAUGUACAAGGAUAUUUCAGGUUUCAGAGAACUGUUCUUAAAAUGACUGGUGAUAAGUUUUGGCUGGUUUUGUUUUAAACAUGUUCAUGCAGGAGUGUGUUGUGAAGAAUCAUGCAAAAUAUAUUUUUUGCUUCAUCUGGCAUCUUACAGGCUUAAAGAAAUGGUGAUCAUUCUGAAUACCACUGUAACUCAGACUGUUAAGUUAAAUAAAAAUGGACCACAUAGACACACAGAAAUCGGGACCAGUUCUCUGAAGUGAGGAUGUACUCCGAUAUUCCGUCUUGGGGGUUCCAGUAACACAUGAGUGAGGAAAACAUGCAAGUUUGGGCCUGUUACGUACUCUCUAAAAGAUUGUGUUUUUCCCUUUUGUAGGUAACUGCUAUGAUAGUUAAUAUAUAGUGAAACUGACAGGAAUUUAAUGGGACAGCUUUUAUAGCUGGCAGAAAAAAGUAUAUUAUACUGUUAAAGAUUGUGACUCAGGUUUUUAGUCCAGGACGCCAAGAGUUGAAGUUCAAGGGCUUCCAUGAAGGCACUGUUUGACCAUAGGCAAAUCACAAAAAGGCCCCGUGUUGCAGCUCCCCGUUUCUAAAGUAGGAAAGAUGAACCACAUCACAGGACUGUGAGGAAAACAGCGGUGUAGCCACAGAAGUGCUGUGAAUAGUACAGAGCCAUACACAUCAAAGGUCUCACUUUCCUGAGAAUGUUUUUGAGGGUAGAAAAGUUACUACUCCACUUAAAACCAAUAGCUAGUGGUCACUCCUGUUGUUUAAGUGACAUGUUAGGACACUAAAUACUUUUCUUGGCUAAGUUUAUAACAAAAAUAUAUCUGUAUGCCCCUCUUCCUGUUGUUUAAGCAUGCUUGCAUUUUAAGAGGACACUGCUAUAGAAGACGACACACCAAAUUCUCUGAACGCUAAAAUGUUGUUUCAGUAUGCUUACACAAUCUACCUGAUGUAUAACCAUGUUUCGUCUUGUAAACAAUAACCUAACAUUGACAACUUGGGAAGUGGAGUGUCUGUAAGUGGCUGGGGUUUAUGGAUUAAACAAACCAUGGAAGUUUAGUGAUACCCAGGCAUACUGCUGAAACCGAUGCCUUUGAAAGAGCUGUAGAAAUAAUGUAACACUUGGUUUCACCUAAGAACCUUCUCAUUUUAAAAGUAUUUAACUCUGUAGAACCCCAGUUAUGGAAAGCUCAGUAAUGCUGCUAAUGACAUUGGUAAAGUAUAUCUUCAAUGUAGUGCAAUAUUUUAUAUCUACUGGGAGAGGCAGUGGCGGCAUCACAGUUGUACCUUAGUGCAAGGGGGGAACACUCCAAACAGCCUAGAGUAUCGCAAGAUGUAUGGCUUCAAUGAAAACAGUUGUAUUAUAUUACAUUACCGAUGUAAUCUUGCUGCCAUGCUAUGUUAUCAAUAGCUAAAAAAUAAUAAAGCCUAUUGCAGAAAACAAGAAAUCUUCCUUUGACAACAUCUAAAAAAGGUAACUGUUGUAUCGCCUUGGAAUACAGUGCAUACAGAUUCCACUUUUGCUAAACAAAUAACUGUUUUGCAAACUGCCUAUAGGCAUUAAAAUUUAACUGUUUAACUUGUGAAAUUUCAGAUUUGUGGGACUGCCUGUGCUAUAUAUAUUAGUAAUUAGUCUAUUUAAAGUACAUACUUUGAUAUUUAGAUGAAAUAUUAGACAUACUGAGCAAAAUUUUAGCAUUAUUUUAAAAUCAUAAAUGCUACAUUUCUUAAUAUCAAGCCUUAUAUUCAAUGUGGGAACUUGUUGAAAUACUGUGGAUUUUUUGUGUGCUUAGAGGAGAAAACACAACCUAAAAAUCUUGGGUGCUACUGUCAAACUCAAAAUUUAACUACAUUUAAAUUUUUUGAAAGGAAAUUUGAAACUAUUGGCUCUGAGGUUUUAAUAAAGAAUAAAAUCUGAAGUGUUUGGAAAUGGGCCUCUGGCCUAGCAAGUUGAAACAUAGUAUCCCAUAUCAGAGUACCCGGAUUUGAAUCCUCCCAAUUCAACUCCCUGUUACUGUACACCCUGGGAGGCAGCAGGUGAUGGCUCAAGUGCUUAGGUCCUUGCCACUGACUUGGGAGACCUAUGUGGAGUUCUGGGCUCCAGGUUUCAGCCUGACCCACCUGCAGCUGUUGGAAACAUUUAGGGAAACAGUACAUGGGAGCACUCGUUCUUCCUCUCCCUCUCAAGACAAUAUAUUUAAGUGAUUUUAAGUUUAUUCACUUUUAGGGGACUUAGAAAUUCUAAAUUGACAUAACAGCUUUACCAGCAACAAGAUUCCCCUAAUCCUUUUUGAGUUGUGGAUCCCUUUUAUUAGCUGAUUAAAGCUCACAAACUGUCAGCUACACAAGCUAACAACCAUUCAAAACGUCCCAAAUUCCACAGGUUUUAGAGAAUGUAUAGGCAUCUGGGGGCCUCAGGUUAAGCUGUUAUGUCAGUUGGCUGGACAUCCUAUGUUCAGUUACCAGGACAGCCAUAGAAAUUUAGAGACGCAAGGACAAUUUACUGCUCCCCCCUCCCACAUUAAUGUGGGUAGUUCCACAAUUAUAGAAAGCCAAAAAUGACUUCAAACUAACCUGGAAUUGCUCUUACCUGAUGCUCACAAGCAUAACAGAAUAUUACCCAUGUCAAAACAAUAUCGUGUAUUUUAUUCCAACAGCAAUAUUUGGUUUAUAAAGGAAUACAAAUAGGCAUGGUACAGUGUUGAGAAUAUUUAUUAAGUAAACCAUAAAACAUUUGGACAGAGACCACUAAGGAGUCAGUAGAAAUGGUUGAAUAUUCUUUUAAGAUGUUUCUCUAUUACCAGGCACCAACCACCACCACCACCCAAAAAACAAACAAACAAACAAAAAACUGUUUUCAAACAAAUAAAUGUUUGGAGAACUGUGUUUUGUUCUGCUGUAUCUGUAAUCAAAAAAGAAAAAAACCCUCCACAGUCUGGCUAGCCCAGACAUUCAAGACCUUGUCACUUUUUCCCUCAUACAGAACAUAUCCUUUGCUCACAAAACAGUUCUGUAAAAGGCAUAGCUCCUGCCAGAUCAGUAGCAAGCCAGCUUUUGCCAGUCCUCACAAGCUGAGGCCUUAAGGGCAAAAAAACAGGAAGAAACUAUGUGGUACUGGUGGCAAGGAGGGCCACAAGCUCUCCAAGAGAACCAGUGCUGAAAGGCUGUCCCCCUGUGGAAAUAGCAUUGCUCCUGCCUUUUUAUUUUAGCCACAUAAGAGUUCCUCCCUGCCACAGCCAUCUCCCAAAAGGGCACACUUGUGUAAACUGCCCAAUGUCAAUAAUUAGUAGAAAGCGUGGUUGCAUGAAACCAGGCUUCAAAUUGUCCCAAGCUCCCCAGAAAAGGUUCACAAAGCAAAGGAAGUCUUAGCCGCUUCACCCUAGAGAACAAGGAGUGCUGAGUCUCUUCUAAAAUUGUUUGCUCUUCGAUGUCCAGGUGAACACAAGCACAACUCAGAUUAAUAAAACCGACAUUAGGUAAACUUUUGAUUACAGAACUGCAGAAUUAAGAAUUACUGGAGAUGUAUUCCACACUCCAAUCAUACAGAACAACGCAAACUGGCAAUUAUUCACUAACUGUAUUUGCUGUUCACAGAAAAGGCACAUCCAUGUUAUCAUGCUUAGAAAAACUACAGGACACAGCACACUAGAUGACGUGGGGCACAUUUUUAGAUGUUUGCUUUUUCUUUUCUGCCUGGGAAAGGGGAUAUGUUCUGACCACCCUACUUUUGCCUCUUUUCCUAAAGUGAUUCAGGACAUAAACAAUUUCACUCCUUUACCUUCUUUUAAAAUUUGUUUUUACACUGAAGAUGAGAACAACUUUCAGGAGUCUGGAAAGUAAGUUUCAGACAACCCCAAAUUAACAGAUCCCUAGAAAACACUUGGAUGAUCUUGAAACAGAAUCUGAUUUCUCCCAUCAUAGCAGCUUUUUAAGUUUCCUUUUCUAAAACUUGAUGUUGAUAAACUAUACCAUGCUUGAGUAUAGCUGACGGUGUAAGGUACACUUUGAAUUUUCUUUUAUCCAACGGGAAAGCUAGUUCAUAACUGGAUGCGUGGGUGCUUUUCUCUGUUUCCAGAAUCCUGUUUUUCCCUUGUGGCUUUAACGUUUACCACCAACCAGAUGAAAAGUCAACAUAAUUGACAGGCAGGUAAUGACACAGGAAAUCUAUGCCAGCUGAGAUUUAUGGAUAAAUCCAAUAGAUGGCUGAUUCAAGUCCUUGUCCUCUAUACUUAACUAGCUUCUAACGAAUAUAUGGAUGGUAACUACAUGUCAAAUUAACAACACUCAUUCAGUGUCACUGUGUAACUUAAUGCUGUCUUACUCGAUUCUGUUUUUCAGACUUCUAGUUUCUCAUUGUCGGAAAAGUCUCAGUGUAUGCUUUAAACACUCGUCACCAAUAUUCAGAAAAAAAUAUGGUUUUUUUUUGCCCAAGUGUUUGUGAAUGGAUGCAUGGCAUGACUAAGAUGGUUCUGGAUGAGUCAGGUCACGGGAGACAAUUUUAUACAAUUAAACACUUGGAGGAUGUGAGUCUCAGUCACUUUCGGAUUCUUCCUCCUCACCGAGUGGAUAUGACUGGAUGUUAUUCUGAGUGUACAUCUUUGUUUUAAUGGGGCAGUUGUGAUCCAUGAGAAUAGCCUACAAGAAAGCAAAGUACAAGUGUGUUAAUUUCGUGUUUUGUACAAGGUAAGCUGGAUUUUUACCUGUUGGUAAGGAUUACUGGUUUGAAAGCUCUGUGUUGUUAUUUGCUAUUAACCAGUCAUUUGGAGAAAUCAGCAGGUGCCUGGCCUAGAAGACCCAGAGUUCACUCAGUGGCAAUUCCAGCCAACAGGAGACUGUAGAAGCGGUCUCGGUGUGACUUUAGUUACGCCUGUCCGGGACCGCGAGUCUGCGCUUGGAACCUGGCCUAGGAAGCACGGCUGAGCAGGCCGAGUUGGCUGAGUUUAAGAAGAGUUAAACCUAGAAGUCUGGAGCUGGAGUGGGGAUCCUGGGAGCAACCCAGUCUUUGCAUCCUUCGGGAAGUGUCCUCUGCGGAACAAGGGGGACACUCAGGUUAGAGACACCCAAGGCCAGGCUGCAGUCUCCGUUCUCGGUACCCACGGGUCGGGUUCUCACAUCAGCUGUCAACACAGACUCCCCUGAAAUAGUUUAAGACCUUGUCACCAUGGCCCUGAGACCUUUUCCUGAACAUUCCAGGGCUUUCACCUUCUCACAAAUUAUGAUUAAAAAAAAAAAAAAAUUCCUCUCUGAUGGAAAGUCAUGUCGUCCUCUGCUGUUCCUGAAAAGGGAAAACAGUGACUGGGGGCUAAAACGUGAUGCUUGAAACACUUGGGGUCUUUAUUCUUCCUAGAUGUGCAGAGAACCAAGCUCGCAGUCUAACAGCAGACACCAUGCAUGCCAGGACCACACUGAGCAUUCUAGAUGAAUCCGGCAACUUCAGAGUAACCCUGUGGUGGGUUGAGGACACAGGCACAGAACAGGUGGGCUCCGGAGAAAGCAGCAGAGAGGAGCAAAAAGAAUGUCAAUGAUCCCGAUGAUCGUCAUGAGCCAGGGAAACCCAAUUGCCUUUGCGAUGGCACCACCGGCAGACGGACCUUUCAGGGGACAGAGAAUUAGACAAAGCCGUCUCCAGGCGUCUUGGAGAUACGAGAGUGCAAAGACUCAGUCAUUUUCGUAAGCGUGUUCCGCUCUGUGCCGAGGCAGAAGGUUGUUUGAAAAGCCACGCCCUUACCUAUCGCGUACCCCAUACAGAAAGCCACGUCCGCGAUGGCGUACACGCUCCCGUAGACAGACACGUGCCGCAGGUCCACGAGGUAGCCCAUGAUGGGCAUCAUUGACGAGUCCACCAUCCCUGGGGACAGGCAGGGGCAGUGUGCAGAAACCAGACAGACACCCCACCGCCCUGAACUCAGCGCCCCGCCGGCUCUUGCCCUGUGCCACGCUCCCUGCCAAGCCUCGUGGCACAGCCCAACAGCACAGCUCUCCCCCGGCACACAUGGCCGAAGUUGCUGGAACUGCGCGGGAACUCCAAGGUCCCCAAGUCCUUGCUGGGGCUCCGAGUGCCUGCUCUGCCCCUUGCCUACCCCCCCGCCAGCCGCCUCCACACCGGGCCUCACACGGAG